AUGUCAGAUACGAAUUCAAAGAAUAUAAUCGAAGAAGAAACUGAAACAACCAUGCAGCAAACUAUUUUACUUAAUAUUCCACCACGAUUACAAUGGGAUAAUGAUAAUGGUUAUUGUGGCGAAGCAGCUCUCCAGUCUAUCAGUCUCUAUUAUGGUGCUUGGAUUUCUCAAAAAUUGAUUCAUGAUAUAAAUGAAGGUGAAUAUCUAUCGCAACCAGUGCCACCCAAUGAUCAUCGAGAACCAUUGCGUACUUUGACAUUACUUCAUUUCACAUAUAAUGAAUGGGAUUGGAUUAACUCUCCUCAGUCAUAA